AUGUCUUCGGAACCGUCAACAUCAGACUCUCCAUCUGUCUUUCUCAACAAUGUCCACAAUGUCCGAAAUCCAUGGCUAGGACGUCGACGGAUCGCAGACAACUAUUAUCCUAACGGAAGCACAAGAACCGAUGAGCUCAUUCUUCACGACUAUGGUCUAGAAGAAAUUCCACUUCGCUAUCAAGAAGUUAAUCAGGAAGAGAAUUAUAACCCAGAGAACAUCCGCAACCUAACAUUGACCAAGAAUUCAUUUGUCAGUCUACGAGGGCUCUCAACAUUCACAAAUGUCGUACACAUUGACAUUUCCAACAACUCUCUCACUUCUAUUCCCGAAGAUAUCGGAAAUUUGUCCCACCUUACAACUCUCGUUGCCCGAAACAAUUUGCUGGAAACCCUUCCAAAGUCCAUGUGCACAUUGUCAAACAUGGAAGCCGUAUAUCUUUCCGGAAACAGAAUCGAUAGUUUUCCCGCUGUUGUUUUCAACAUGCACAAGCUGAAAGUGCUCCACAUGGGUGGAAAUCAAAUCGACUCGAUUCCAUUCGCCAUCGGUAGCAUGAGAUCUCUUGAGAUACUUUAUCUCGGAGGAAAUCGUAUCACCGAGGUGCCAGCCACCACUGGCCUUCUCAGAAAUCUCACCGCUCUAUCGCUAUCUGACAAUCGUCUGGAGACAAUUCCAUCCACGUUGGGCGAGUUGCACCACUUGGAAAGUCUCACAUUGCACAACAACAAGCUCACUACACUUCCUACGGAAAUCAUCAAACUUCAAAACCUUCGCCAACUUUCUCUCCGUCAUAAUCCACUCGUCAACAAUUUCGUGCACACAAUGAGCUUCGAUCCGCCAUCUCUCAAGGAAUUGGCCGGUAGAGUGGUCCGUCUUCGUAUGCACAAACUUCCUCUUACUGAAGUUUUACCAGCGGAACUCAUUGAUUACUUGCGAUCCGCAUGCCAAUGUGUAAAUCCACAAUGUAAAGGAGUCUACUUCGAAGCUCGAGUUGAGCACAUUAAAUUCGUCGAUUUUUGCGGUAAAUAUCGCGUCCCAUUACUCCAAUUUCUAUGCUCGCCAGGAUGCUCCUCGGGACUACCUAAUGUUCAAUACGAGAGUUCAUCCGAAUCCGAGGAAGAACUUUUCGAACCACGCCUUCGCAAAGUGCUUCUCGGCUAA